UAGAUACAAUUUUCAAAUGUCUUCCAUAUUCCUAAAAAAAUGGUGCAGCGGCGAUGAUAAAGAAUUCGUUAAAAAUUUGCUGGAAAUCUCCGAAUGCGGCUCAAAUACGCUAUCUGAACUUAACACCAUGCUUACAAAAAUUAGUAACAUUUAGACUUAGCGACAUUGGUGAAGGAAUUCGUGAAGUUACUGUGAAGGAAUGGUUUGUCAAGGUCGGUGACUCUGUAGAACAAUUCGACGAAAUUUGCGAAGUGCAAUCGGAUAAAGCAUCUGUUACAAUUACUAGUCGUUACGAUGGCAAAAUCGUGAAACUCUAUCAUCCAGUAGAUGAUGUCGCUCAUGUAGGCAAACCGUUGUUAGACUUCGAAGUUGAAGAAGAUGAUGAUUCUGAUUCAGAAUCAAGCGCCGAUUCAGGUUCCAGUGCUAGCGAUCAUAAAUCUUUCCAAUCAUCUACUGGAAAAGUCGCAAGCGAUGAGGACGUAGCACGCCAUAUAACACUUGCAACGCCAGCAGUCCGUCGUCUGGCUAUGGAAAAUAAAGUAGACCUCUCAAAAGUACCGCCUACAGGUAAACAAGGACGUGUGCUUAAAGGAGAUGUACUCGAAUAUCUGGGACAUUUGCCAGCUGGCACCAAUAUACAACAUCCAACAAUUGCAGCCAAAAUUGAGGAGAUCAAAUCUUUAGAAACAAAGUCCGUGCCAAAAUCUACACCUGCUGUUCCUUAUCGUGUUGAGCCACUGAAAGGUGUGCCUAAAGCGAUGCUCAAGACCAUGUCAGCAUCGUUGGAAAUUCCUCACUUUGCCUAUAGUGAUGAGGUUAACAUGACAAAGCUUAUUGAUUUCCGGGAUCAAUUAAAAAGUGCGGCGAGCGAUCGAGGCAUACCUAAACUCACCUUCAUGCCCUUUUGUAUCAAGGCUGCAUCUAUUGCACUCUCAAAGUUCCCUAUUCUAAACAGUUCGCUAGAUAUUGAUAAGGAGGCAGUUAUUUACAAAGCGUCUCACAAUAUCAGCGUAGCUAUAGACUCUCCUCAGGGCCUAAUAGUGCCCAAUAUCAAGAACUGCGAGAGUAAAAAUAUUCUAGAAAUCGCAUUACAUUUGAAUGAACUGGUUGAAAGAGGUCGCAAAAAUGCAUUGACACCGCAAGACUUUGCUGAUGGUACCUUUUCACUUUCGAACAUUGGUGUGUUUGGCGGUACUUAUACUCACCCUUGCAUUAUGGCGCCUCAAGUGGCCAUUGGUGCUAUGGGACGAACAAAGGACUGCCUGUGGCAUCAAGUAUAAGUUGAGACGAAAUUUUGGACAUAUCCAAAAAUCUUUCCAGCAUGUAAAAGAGUGAAUUCCAGCGCGUUCUAACGUCUAGGAUGAAUUUCUUGGUGCAUCCUUCGGGAACUCUUGCUCGAUCCAAUUUGCAGGUUCAUUCGCUACGAAAGAAAUAGAACGCGUGGCCAUUUUCGUCGAAUUGUCAAAAUUGGCGUCACCCCGACGUUGGCGCCUUCUUACGGUUUUCAUUGGCAACUAAACUGCCAAAAUUUUUUAACUAUUCACAAAGAAAUGAGAUUAAAAAAUAAAAGUCCGGGAAUUGUCAAUG